CCAGAAAGGGUGACAUGACCACACACAUGAGAACACACACUGGAGAGAAACCUUAUGCUUGCUCAGCUUGUGCUAAAAGAUUCAACACUAAGAAAGUCAUGAUCACACACAUGAGAACACACACAGGUGAGAAACCUUUUACUUGCUCUGUUUGUAAGAAGAGUUUCUCCAGAAAGGGUGACAUGACCACACACAUGAGAACACACACUGGAGAGAAACCUUUUGCUUGCUCAGCUUGUGCUGAAAGUUUCAACACUAAGAAGGAACUUAUAUUACAUGUGAGAACACACACAGGUGGUAAACCUUUUACUUGCGCCGUUUGUAAGAAGAGUUUCUCCAGAAAGGAACACAUGACCAGACACAUGAGAACACACACUGGAGAGAGACCUUUUGUUUGCUCAGCUUGUGCUAAAAGAUUCAACACUAAGAAGGAAAUGAUAUUACACAUGAGAACACACACAGGUGAGCAAUCUUUUGCUUGCUCUGUUUGUAAGAAGAGUUUCUCCAGAAAGGAACACAUGACCACACACAUGAGAACACACACUGGAGAGAAACCUUUUACUUGCUCUGUUUGUAAGAAGAGUUUCUCCAGAAAGGGUGACAUGACCACACACAAGAGAACACACACUGGAGAGAAACCUUAUGCUUGCUCAGCUUGUGCUAAAAGAUUCAACACUAAGAAAGUCAUGAUCACACACACGAGAACACACACAGGUGAGAAACCUUUUACUUGCUCUGUUUGUAAGAAGAGUUUCUCCAGAAAGGGUGACAUGACCACACACAUGAGAACACACACUGGAGAGAAACCUUUUGCUUGCUCAGCUUGUGCUGAAAGUUUCAACACUAAGAAGGAACUUAUAUUACAUGUGAGAACACACACAGGUGGUAAACCUUUUACUUGCGCCGUUUGUAAGAAGAGUUUCUCCAGAAAGGAACACAUGACCAGACACAUGAGAACACACACUGGAGAGAGACCUUUUGUUUGCUCAGCUUGUGCUAAAAGAUUCAACACUAAGAAGGAAAUGAUAUUACACAUGAGGACACACACAGGUGAGAAACCCUUUGCUUGCUCUGUUUGUAAGAAGAUUUUCUCCAGAAAGGAACACAUGACCACACAUAUGAGAACACACACUGGAGAGAAACCUUUUACUUGCUCUGUUUGUAAGAAGAGUUUCUCCAGAAAGGGUGACAUGACCAUACACAUGGGAACACACACUGGAGAGAAACCUUUUGCUUGCUCAGCUUGUGCUAAAAGAUUCAACACUAAAAAGAAAAGUAUAUUACACAUGAGAACACACACUGGAGAGAAACCUUUUGCUUGCUCAGCUUGCGCUAAAAGAUUCAACACUAAGAUUGAAAUGAUGUUACACAUGAGAACACACACAGGUGAGAAACCUUUUACUUGCUCUGUUUGUAAGAAGAGUUUCUCCAGAAAGGAACACAUGACUACACACAUG